CGAUAACAAACAAAUAUCAUAAAACAGUUACGGCUUCCACUUUCUGAAACAAUGAGAAUUGGAUUAAUACUGUACUGUAUACCUUUCAGUACAUCACUAUCUCGUACUGCUCAAUAUUAGGUUAGGUUAUUCUCUCUGUGUUCAGAAACUGUGAAUUUUGUCAAUUGAAUUAUGAAAUAUAAGAUACUGUGAAAGCUUACCUUGCGAAAAACAAACUUGGAAAAUACAAUCCGGAAGAAGCAGCCAGAAGAGAAGCUGAGAAAAAGCGAGAAGAGGAGGAAGAAGAAAAUGCUGUUAAAAAGAUAGCUGUUAAUGACCGGUGCUUGGUUUCGGUGCCUGCACAGCCGGUCAGAAAAGGACAGGUCAUGUUUGUUGGUAAAACCGAAUUCAAACCUGGGUGGUGGGUUGGCAUAAAAUAUGAUGAACCCAUGGGAAAAAAUAACGGAACAGUGGCUGGCAAACAGUAUUUCAGUUGUCCACCCAAAUAUGGAGGCUUUGUAAAACCAAUUUAUGUUGAAGUUGGAGAUUUUCCUGAAGAUGAUUUGGGAUUGGAUGACGAACUAUGAGCUUGUUCUUUGUUCAUUUAAUUUGUUUCGCAAUUUCUCACAUAUCUCAACAUUCCUUCAAGAUUAUAGAAUAACUUUCAAAUAGUAUUAACACUUUCCGCACACAUUCUUUUUUCUAUUUUUUCUAACUUGAAUUGUUUAAUCCCACGAAAGUGUACUAGUUAUUCUUAAAGCCUAACGGUAUGGUUGCUUUUUGAUAGCCAAGUUGCGCUAACUUUACAUUAAAAAAAAAAAAUGUUAUUUUCUUCUAAUAAAACUUGAUCUCAAGUACCACAUUUUUCACAAUUUAAUCAUAGUUUUAUCAAUUUCAAAAUUUGUAAUUUUCUUGUACUUUUAGAAUGUAUGAUUACAGAAUAAAAAUAGUUGUAAUGUCAUUAAAGUAGCAUAAAUAUUUUUGCCCGAUUGGCUAAUUCUAUUGAAUAACCAUUUUUUCUACAAAGUUUAUUAUCUAUUUGAAUUCAAAUAUAUUUAUAUUUUUUAAUUUAAUUCA